AUGAAGUACCUUAUCGACUACCUAGGUACCCUACCCGAUGCCCCCGACUUGCAAGAUCCCGACUUUCAGCAACUUCUCGUGGAUGUUCAGGCUGGCAAGUCUCAAACCAAGAGCGCGGAUGCUUUCUAUGAAGGACUCGAAAAGGCAGUCAACGAGCUCAAAAGCGCCCAACAAUCUUUCGCCUUUCAAAAACCCGUCUCAAAACGAGAUGCUCCGGAUUAUUAUGAAAUCAUCAAACGUCCAAUGGAUCUCACAACUGUCCUGCGCAAUAUCAAGACUCACAAGUACAAGAACAAGGCAGAUUUUGCUACCGACCUAGAUCUCAUAUGGGAGAAUUGUUUAACCUAUAAUACAACAGAGUCCCACCCCUUGAGAGCAGCGGCAAGGUUCAUGCGUCAAAAGACUGAUCAUCUGUUGCAAUUUGUUGCCGACAAGAACGACCGAUCUGCCCAAGUACUACCUGUGCCCUCUGCCGGUCCAUCUUCCAGUCGGCCCUCUCUGAGAAACGCAGGCUCCUCGGCUCCUUAUGCCGUGCCCCCAUCUCCUCAACAAAAUAUCCUAAAUGGACCUGGUGUCACCAAAGAGGUCAAUGGACCGGGACGAGGUGACAGUGGAGAUGGAAGAGGAACAAGUAAUGCGUCAGUUGGAGGUGUCCCAGACCGAAGGACGAAUGGAGCGUUCCUCGGAACGUCUUUCCAGAAUCCGCCGCCAUAUCGAAUCAACCUCUCGACCAGCCUCAACACUACGCCCGCGCUCAUCCGCACGCCGCAGAUGAGUUAUCCCUUUCACUCACUUGUCCAACAGCCCGCCGCUGGUCCCUCAUCUUAUCUCGAAAAAGGGAAGAUGAGGGAAUUACUCAACACCACUCCUGCUCCUUCUUGGUACCCGCCGGUGGAAGGUGAUGAUCUCAAACUCCAGGGUUCGUGGUGGGGAUUGGCAGGUCGAGAUGAAUGUUACGUCUCUACCUUACCCGCUGUGCCAUUCAUGGCUCCUUCUCAAGCUCCCCCGACCAGAUGUAUACCAAGCCGAUCUAAACGAAAACGGAACACACCAAUGGGAAUGGAUACAUCUCCCGAUCGACCUCCAUCGCUAGUACCUAGUAAAUCCGUCAAACUUGAGAAUCUGAUACAACAAAGAGUGGACAAGUUAUUUGAGAGUAGGAAGAUUGUCAAUGCUGUUAGCGAAUUUCAGAGGAUGGAGCUGGAGGGGGUCAUACCGCCACGACUGAGAUUUGACGAUGGCAUAGAGAGAAAUCAACGACGUCGGGAUAGAUUGGAAAGGAAACAAAAGAUGCAUGAGGAGCGUAUCGAAGCGAAAAAGCGAAGAAGGCUUGGUGGCGAGGUUGGGGAGAAGGAAGCUGUUCUGGGCAUGAGAAGUGUCUCCGCGCGGAUGCUGGCUCACGCGGGUUUCGAAGGAGCGAAUGAAGGUGCUCUAGAUCUUUUCACCAGAGUCGCUAUCAAUCAUUUGAGUAACGUCGGAAGGACAUUCCGAUUGUUAAUCGAUGGAUUUUCACAGAAGAUGUCUUCCGAGGAGAUUAUACUUCAUGCUUUGCAUGAGAAUGGUCAGAUUGAAACUUCAGAUUUGGAGGCUCAUAUCAAAGAUGACAUUGAGCGAGACCGAGUCAAGGUCAUCGAAAUGGCUCGAAAGCUCAGGCAAGCGUAUAAAGAAGUGACCACCGCACCCGUUAUCGAAGACGAUAUGAUGUUUGCAGACAAUGGUGAAAUGCUCUUAGAUGGAAACUUUGCCGAAGAAUUAGGUGAAGAUUUCCUUGGUCUACGAGAUCUCGGAAUCGAUAAAGAAUACGGGAUGCAAAGUCUUACCGUACCGUCGUCGGUGUUUUACGGUCGGCGAAAGAGAGAUGCGGAUGCUUCUGGUCUUGGCUCAAAGAUUCAUCAACCGGAUUUUCCUCCUCCACCGCCCUUCAUACCACUUUCUACUACCACACUGCAUAUUCAGCUUCCCGGAUUAUUACACGCCUUUUUCGCCACUCGGAUCGAGAGUGGUAUCGGUUUGGUAGAUGACCAAGGGUUCGACGUUCAACAUUCUCAAAUUGGCAUGUUGGGACAAGUCAUAGUGAAGAAUCCACCUCCUGUGAAGAAAAAGGUAGUGGAGGAGAAAGAGAAAAAGGAGAAACCACCGAAAAAGCCAGUACAAUCAGGUGUAGGGAAAGGCAAUUGGAUACGCCCUUCGAAAGAAGAACGAGCUCGUCGUGCUGCCGAAAAAGCAGGUUUACCGUAUCACAAUGGGGAUGGAUCUACCCUCACUCCUACAGCUGAGAACGGGACGGAUAUGGACAAAAAUGAGAGUGGGAUGGAUAUGGACAGGAAUGGGAGUGAUGGGAGAAACGGAUUGAAUGGAGCUGUUUCAGAGGAUGCAGAAGGGGAGGAAGAAGAUGCAGUAGGGGAGGAAGAGUAG